UUUAUUCUCAUUAACUCUAAAACAUCCGUCAUGGGGUUAAAUACAGUGUACAGAAGGUGUUAGCAUGUGUUAAAGAUGAUUAUAUAUAAUAUAUAUAAUAUAACAUUACUGCAUUACAUCAUCAGGAGGAAAGUUCAGGUUGAAGGAUUAUCAUGGGCGGUUUGCCGGACGUCACUGAGCUGAGAACACGGCUGGAGAACACUCUGAUAUCUUAUCAUAAUCUGGAGGAGAAGGAGUGGAACGUGACAAAGAAAUCGAAAGAUGUCACUGUUUGGAGGAAACCUUCAUCAGAGUUCAGUGGCUUCCUCUAUAAAGUGGAGGGCUUGGUAAUGGAGAAGCCGUGCAGGAUAGUGGACUACAUUCGGCCGGGACCGUAUCGCUUACAGUGGGACAGUCUGAUGACCACCAUGGACAUUGUACAAACUCUAGACAAGGCGUGUUGUGUGAUGCGCUACACCACUGCAGGACAGCUGUGGAACAUCAUCGCUCCUCGAGAGUUUGUGGAUUUCUCCUACACCACGGAUUAUCAGAACGGCCUCCUGUCCUGCGGUGUGAGUGUGGAGUGUGAGCAGCAGGAGCAGAGCUGUGUGAGAGGUUAUAAUCACCCGUGCGGUUGGUUCUGCGUUCCUGUCGAUGGCGUUGAAGUCGACGGUGCCCCCUACAGUCUGCUCAACGGAUACAUCCAGACCGACCUGAGGGGCAAAAUUCCCCAGUCCGCCGUAGACGUCGCCAUGGCAGCCUCGCUCAUCAACUUCUACACUGACCUCAGGAAAGCACUUGCAACCUAGACCUGUCUCUCUCUCUCUCUCUCUCUCUCUCUCUCUAUCUUUCUCUGUCUGUCUGUCUGUCUGUCUCUCUCUCUAUCUCUAUGUUUCUCUCUCUAUCUUUCUGUCUGUCUCACUGUCUCGCUCUCCCUCUCUGUCCGUCUGUCUGUCUGUCUCUCUAUCUCUCUGUUUCUCUCUCUAUCUUUCCGUCUGUCUCUCUAUCUGUCUGUCUCUAUUUCUCUCUCUAUCUCUGUGUCUCUCUCUCUCUAUCUAUGUGUCUCUCUCUCUAUCUGUCUGUCUGUGUCUCUCUAUCUCUGUGUCUCUCUCUUUGUCUUUAUCUACCUAUCUCUCCCUGUAUCACUGUCUCUUUUUCUCUCUCUCUCUAGCUAUCUAUCUACCUGUCUGCUUCUCUGUCUACCUCUCUCUAUCUGUCUGUUUCUCUCUCUAUCUGUUUGUCUCUCUCUAUCUGUAUCUAUCUAUAUCACCCUGUCUCUCUCUUUCUCUCUCUAGGACGCCUUCCAUGUAGACAAAUCACAUCAAUAUAAUAAGUACGGCAUUAUAUUUUUGUAACAGAUAGAUAGAUAGAUAGAUAGAUAGUUAUAUACAGUGAAUUUGCACUUGUUCAGGUUGUUCUCACACUAGUUGUGUGACGAUAUCCUAAAUUCCGUAUUGCUCUUGCUCAGGAAGCGAGAGAUCGUCCCAGCCCCACAUUACAGCGUGCCAUUAUCAUCACUUUUAUCAGCUGAACUGAACAUUUCAGAACUUUUCACCCUUAUUUGUACUUUAUUAUCACAAACUACCAUCCUACUGAUAUAUCGUCACGCCACUAGCGCAAGGACACAGAACAAGCAAUCCAUUUUGUGUAUAUAAAAAUAAAAGACAUAUUUCAGGAUAUUUAUUCAUGUGUUUACGUGUUCAAAGAGAAAACACGAAGUAAUGCAUGUGAAUUAAAAAAUCAGCACAUUACAUGAUGAAAAAAUGGAAUAUUUUUCCAUAAGAGAUGAAGAGAAAUACUUGAUAAAUGAUAUACAUCAGGAUUUUAUUUCCUUAUCUGAUUAUAAAUGUUACGGUGCAUAUUUAUGGAAAGCAUUACACAUUUCUUUAGUCUUAAAUGCUGACUGUGUCGUUAAUCUCGACUAGCUAAAAAUACAAAAUCCAAUUAGAGAUAUUAAAGUUGAUUAGAUUGCAGUGUUUAGCAGAGGUGCAGAUAUUUCCCGUAGCUUUCAGACACUAAACCUUCUGUAAUGUGUAAUGUGCAUACUCCCAUACGGUGUAUCAUCGUUAUUAAAAUCAUUCAAAUGAACGGAACUGAAGUGUGUUUCUGCUCCUUUCCAUCACAUCUGUACUUUAUAAACAUUGAUAUUAAAUGGUAUUAAAUGAAAUUAAAUUAUAUUAAAUUUUGGAAACAGGUAACUAUGCCCUGUUUAUAUCUUUUUCUUUUCUUCUCUUUUCCUUUUUAUUUUUAUUUUUUUACAAAUUCGUUUGAAAUUAAACCUAAAAGAAGUCCAUGUGUUGUAUCAUAGUGACAUUUGACAUGGAAGAAAAAAAAGAUGAAAAAUAUACUAAGCGUUAAUCUGUGCUUUGGCUUCUUCCAGGUGAAUAUCUGACUUGUAAUAUUUUUAUCCUCCAGUAAAUAAUUUACUAAAGUAUGUACACAUCAUUAUUGAGUUUCUGGCCUUUUUUUGAAUGUUGGGUGAAAAACAAACAAACAGCACUGUGGUCUCGGUGAUCACUGAUUUCUAGUUUUUCGCACCAUUUGAUUAAAAUAUUUAUACAUGUAAUUAUUAUAUACAUAUUUUUAAAUAACAAAAGGAAUACGAUAUGUAUAUUACACAAUUUAAAAAUAUGAUUUCUUCAUUUCUGUUUUGUUUUAUUAAUUCCAACAUUUCUAUAGGUCUAUUAAAAUGUAUAUACAGUUGAGGACAUACUUGGGAGUGUAAAAUUUAUGCUGUUUUUUAAAAAUUAUUAUUCCAAACAAAGCUCAAAUAUUAUUCCACGGUUAUUUUGCCUGUAGAUGGGGCCAUUUAAUAAUGUUCAGUAUUGUAUGUACAAGUUUGUUAUGCUGUAAAAAGAGAAAAGCAAGCAAAGACUGUGUGGUUUUGUAUGGAAAGUAUUUCAGUGAAUCUAAUCUAAACAGCAAAUACUACAAAAAUAUCUUGCAUUAUGAACAAAAAUAUAGAAAGGUAAAUUGUGCUUCUUUUUUUGUUGUUUUUGUUUAAAUUAACUUAUUUUUCGAUCAUCAAAAGUCUACAAAUCCAGAAAAUCAAAAAUAUAUCAUUACAAUAAACACUGUAUAGAAGAGCGUUAAAUAAAAUACUGGGGAAUUUCAUUGUUUUAUCCCACAAAACCCCGCCUCUUGCGCCCGGA